AUGUACAGUUUAUAUGGAUAUAAAAGUUUUAGUUUUGAUCUUUAAUUACUUUAAUAAAUGGAAUAAAAUAUAGUUUGUUAAGCUUAUCCUGCCUUAGACGAAAAAUAACACUAAAAAUUAGGAUAGGAGUAGAAAUAUCAAAAAGAAUAAAACAAAAUUCCUGUUUGCUACCCUAACCAAUAAUACAUCUUAAUCUAAUAACAAUAACCAUUUAUGAGUAUAAUAUUAAUUUAAUAAAGAUCCUCAAUAAAUAAUCUUGUAACCUAUAAUAAUUCAAUAAGUAAGAAGAAGCGAUGCUAAUGAAUGUUCUUAUCCAACAGAUAUUUUGUGUCCUUAUUGUUAAAAACCUGUUUAGACAAUGAUUGAACAUAAUUCUGGGUGCAGUACAUGGUUAGCCUGCUUAUUUUUGUUUUUAUUUUUUCUGCCUUUGUUCUUUUUGCCCUUUUGUUUAGAAGAAUGUAAAGAUAAAGUUCACAUAUGUCCAAAUUGUUACAAAAAAAGUUGGGAAAAAGAAAUAUAAAAUGUGUUGUUGAUUGUAAUUAGUUUUUUAUUUACCAAAUUAAUGCCUAUUAAAUUUAAUUUCAUUAUGCUUAAAGACCUGUUGCCGAUUCGAAUUAUAACUAUAAUCAACUAUAUUAAAAAUAAAAAUAAUAUGGAACUUAUACCAGUAAUUAUAGACAGUUCAAUUAGUGGGUUAAUUUAUUCAAUAAUAGCAAUAACCACAUAAAGUAUAGACUGUAUAUAAUUAAGCUUAAAUUUGUUAAAGGAACUCAAAUAGGAUAGUUUCAGGAAAAAGAUUUGCAAGAUGAAAUUUUUUCAACCAUUUUUCUUAUUUUAAUUCUACUGA